AUGGCAAUGAACCAUAAAAAAGUGUUCUUGAAUUAUCAAGUGCAAAUCGUGUCCAUUCUAAGUUGUUUUUGGAAAGAUGUUGAUGAAUGCGCACUUGACACUGACAACUGUGACAAUCUAGCAACGUGUAAAAACACCAAUGGGUCGUUCACUUGUCCCUGCAAUGAAGGGUAUACAGGAAACGGAACUACGUGCGAAGAUGUUGACGAAUGCACACUUGGAACUCAUAAUUGCGACAGUAAGGCAACGUGCAGUAAUACCACCGGUUCGUUCAUUUGUACCUGUAAUGACGGUUAUACAGGAAAUGGUACUGCAUGCGAAGAUGUUGACGAAUGCACAGUUGGGACUCACAACUGUCACAGUCAAGCAACGUGCAAUGAUACCACUGGGUCGUUCAAUUGUACCUGCAAUAAAGGUUAUACAGGAAAUGGAACCAUAUGUGAAGAUUUGGAGGAAUGCAUACUUGCAACGCAUAAUUGUCACAGCCAAGCAACGUGUAAAAACACCGCUGGUUCGUUCAAUUGUACCUGUAAUGAAGGUUAUACAGGAGAUGGAAUCACGUGCAAAGAUGUUGACGAAUGCACACUUGGGGCUCAUAAUUGUGACAGUCAGGCAACGUGCAGUAAUACCACUGGGUCGUUCAAUUGUACCUGCAAUAAAGGUUAUACAGGAAAUGGAACCAUAUGUGAAGAUUUGGAGGAAUGCAUACUUGCAACGCAUAAUUGUCACAGCCAAGCAACGUGUAAAAACACCGCUGGUUCGUUCAAUUGUACCUGUAAUGAAGGUUAUACAGGAGAUGGAAUCACGUGCAAAGAUGUUGACGAAUGCACACUUGGGGCUCAUAAUUGUCACAGUCAGGCAACGUGCAGUAAUACCACUGGGUCGUUCAAUUGUACCUGCAAUAAAGGUUAUACAGGAAAUGGAACCAUAUGUGAAGAUUUGGAGGAAUGCAUACUUGCAACGCAUAAUUGUCACAGCCAAGCAACGUGUAAAAACACCGCUGGUUCGUUCAAUUGUACCUGUAAUGAAGGUUAUACAGGAGAUGGAAUCACGUGCAAAGAUGUUGACGAAUGCACACUUGGGGCUCAUAAUUGUCACAGUCAGGCAACGUGCAGUAAUACCACUGGGUCGUUCAAUUGUACCUGCAAUAAAGGUUAUACAGGAAAUGGAACCAUAUGUGAAGAUUUGGAGGAAUGCAUACUUGCAACGCAUAAUUGUCACAGCCAAGCAACGUGUAAAAACACCGCUGGUUCGUUCAAUUGUACCUGUAAUGAAGGUUAUACAGGAGAUGGAAUCACGUGCAAAGAUGUUGACGAAUGCACAGUUGGGGCUCAUAAUUGUCACAGUCAGGCAACGUGCAGUAAUACCACUGGGUCGUUCAAUUGUACCUGCAAUAAAGGUUAUACAGGAAAUGGAACCAUAUGUGAAGAUUUGGAGGAAUGCAUACUUGCAACGCAUAAUUGUCACAGCCAAGCAACGUGUAAAAACACCGCUGGUUCGUUCAAUUGUACCUGUAAUGAAGGUUAUACAGGAGAUGGAAUCACGUGCAAAGAUGUUGACGAAUGCACACUUGGGGCUCAUAAUUGUCACAGUCAGGCAACGUGCAGUAAUACCACUGGGUCGUUCAAUUGUACCUGCAAUAAAGGUUAUACAGGAAAUGGAACCAUAUGUGAAGAUUUGGAGGAAUGCAUACUUGCAACGCAUAAUUGUCACAGCCAAGCAACGUGUAAAAACACCGCUGGUUCGUUCAAUUGUACCUGUAAUGAAGGUUAUACAGGAGAUGGAAUCACGUGCAAAGAUGUUGACGAAUGCACACUUGGGGCUCAUAAUUGUCACAGUCAGGCAACGUGCAGUAAUACCACUGGGUCGUUCAAUUGUACCUGCAAUAAAGGUUAUACAGGAAAUGGAACCAUAUGUGAAGAUUUGGAGGAAUGCAUACUUGCAACGCAUAAUUGUCACAGCCAAGCAACGUGUAAAAACACCGCUGGUUCGUUCAAUUGUACCUGUAAUGAAGGUUAUACAGGAGAUGGAAUCACGUGCAAAGAUGUUGACGAAUGCACAGUUGGGGCUCAUAAUUGUCACAGUCAGGCAACGUGCAGUAAUACCACUGGGUCGUUCAAUUGUACCUGCAAUAAAGGUUAUACAGGAAAUGGAACCAUAUGUGAAGUUAAUCAUAAAAUACAUUUAUAUUUCACUGAAAGUGACAAUAAUGACUUAUACAAUCUAAUUGGACGUUAUUAUUUAAAGAAAAUCAACUCGAUCGCUUAA